AUGUCACCGUAUCGGUUGGUGUAUGGAAAGCCUUGCCAUCUACCAGUAGAAUUAGAGCAUAAGGCUUGGUGGGCUGUGAAGAAGUUUAACAUGGACAUGGUUGCAGCAGGACAACAACGACUGCUUCAAUUACAUGAAUUAGAAGAAAUUCGUAAUGAGGCUUAUGAGAGUUCGAAGAUCUACAAGGAGAACACCAAAGCGUUUCAUGAUAAACAUAUUCUUCGAAAGAGUUUUGUGGAAGGCCAGAACAUUCUCAUGUAUCACUCUCGCCUUAAACUCUUUCCGGGGAAAUUAAAACCUCGAUGGUCGGGUCCUUUCAAUGUUAUCAAGGUCUUUCCUCAUGGAGCAGUAGAAGUUACAAGUCCAAGUACCGAAAAGUCUUUCAAGGUGAAUGGUCACAUAUUAAAGCCAUAUUACGAAUCGAUGGAGGAAGAACAAGCUAUUGUGAUUUACCUUGUCGAUCCGGAAUAUGUGGAUGAAGAGUGA